AUGGAGUACUUCGACUUCGAGGGGGCUUCAUCCGCCCAUGGCUCCAUUCAGCAAGAGGACGAUGUCGCUUCGGUCGAUAUUGAGCUCGAAGAGGCAGAUGAGCACGCGGCAAACUUUGACGCAAUCGCCCAUGAUCAACCUUUGGAGUUCCUCAAUGAUCCGGUACCGGAGCAACCGAUGCAGGCCGAGCAGCCCGUUGACCCCGAGGGAGGCUACCCCAUGUUCCGAGCCCAAGAACCGUGCGACUUUUGUCGUCGUGCAGGACUGGACUGUUUCCUCGCAAAGCGCGGCGCUUUGAAUUAUGGUUGCACCUGUUGCAUCUCUCUCUAUCGCGAGUGCAGUUUCACCCAUGCCAAAACAACUGGAAAAUUUCUUCAAACCUUACACAGUGUGUCCGAGAACGCAUAUGUUCCAACAGGAAGCUUAACGGGAAGAAAAGCCCUCAAGUCGGUCUCAUACAACGCAUACCCCGAUGAGUCCGAUUCUCGCUCCCGCAGUAGCAGCGCUCGAUUUUCACGCAAAGCGAUCAGUGUGCUGAAGGGCUGGCUGCGAGACCACAACGAAAAUCCUUAUCCCACAGAGCAGGAAAGGGAUGAAUUGAAACAAUAUACCGGCUUGAGUCGAACACAAAUCUCAAACUGGCUUGCCAACGCCAGGCGCCGCGGCAAAGUUCGUUCAUCUUCUGGCACCAGUUCUCCAGUCCCUCCCGUCCCGGGAGCCGUGGACAUCCCCCAGAAGCAAUCCGUCGACGUAUCCCUCAUGACCCCUCUCGAACGUUGGAAGUACUCUCCUCCUGAGAACGAACCCGCGACGAUCAGCGAUAUUAACCGUGCCUUGGCCAAUCCACCAUUCGAUCCCUCGCGCCCACGCCGGGCCCGAUCGGGUCACGUGAGGCCCCGUCGCCCUGGGUCCAGUACCAAUGAGUCAAGCCAUGCUAGCUCAGAACAUAAACUGCGUACCGCCUCGGCGAGUAGUUUGGAUACCAGUCGGUCAUCCAUUUCUGACCUCUCUUUUGCUUCUGCUUUCUCUCAUCGAUCCUCCCUGUCCUUUGGAUCAAUGGAACGUAAAGAACGUCGUCGGCGCCGCAAGCCCUCUGUUCCUGUCAACACAUUGGCUCACUCCAAGGCCAAGGCAAUAAAUGGACCUGUCCCCCAGGGCGGUAUAAUUGAAGAGAAUGGCAUACCUCAUUGUGUCUUCUGCUCGGCAGCUAACCCCGACGGUGAACAUCUAGAAACACAUAACUUCAUCAGUUGCCAGGAGAAGACACUGCAAGAGAGGACAUUCUACCGGAAGGAUCAUCUCAAUCAACACCUUCGCUUGAUGCACAACACCAAGUUCCAACCUUGCAUGGAGAAAUGGCAGAGCAGUAUCACAGACAUCAGAUCUCGAUGUGGCUUCUGUGCCUCCACCUUCCAGACCUGGAAAGAUCGGGUGGAUCACCUGGCUGGCCACUUCAAGAAUGGUGCCAGCAUGGCUCAAUGGCAAGGGGAUUGGGGCUUUGAUCCUGUGAUUCAAGCUCGUGUCGAGAAUGCCAUUCCGCCAUACAUGAUCGACUAUGAAUGGCGAUCUCCUGAUCCUUGGGCCACUGAGCAAGCCAAAGGAGGCGGAGAAGAUAGCUCGUCGCUCGGCCUUCCUGUCCCCACUGACAUCAAUUGCUACCGCCGACUUACUCGCGAACUCACCACAUACAUAUACGAACAAAAGGCCCAAGGCAUUGUUCCAUCCGAUCACAUGAUACAGACAGAGGCUCGCCGUGUCAUCUAUGGAUCUGACGAUUCGUGGAACCAAACCUGCGCCGACAAUGUUGUCUGGCUGGGUGUCUUGAAGCGCGAUUGUGGGUUGGAGACAGCAGUCAACAACGACGAGAUUCAAUUUUCAGAUCUGGGAAUGCAGCCACCAUUUGCUGUCACUGGUGGUUUGAGGGCUGCACCCCGAGACAUCAAUAUUCUCGCUAGGACAGUUACCCACGGUGCACCCCUUCAUAGCCCUGCGGUUUCGAGCCCUGGUUUCCGAAGCCCCGCUUUCCCUGGAACAGGCUUCUCAUCAGCAGGACCCAGCCGACCGGGGAGUCUUUCCGGGAGCUAUGCUGGUAGUGCAGGGAUAAUCUCAGCUGGUGCGGAUCCAUCUUUCUCCACAGAUUGGGCUAGCAGCCUUCCAACGACUGUUUCUGUCGGAGAGAGGCCAGCUGACCCUCUUGUUCAAAUGGGCUUUGACCCCGAGUUCCUCCAGCGAUUGAACGAUGGCUAUGACAAGAUAAACCCAGAUGACAUCGAGGGGCUACAAAUCGAUGGCGAGAGCCAAAAGGAGGUUCAAGCGCAACAUUGGUCAAACCCGAGCUUACUCCAUCAGCCAGUGGCUCAGCCUGCUGCAAGCGAAGUUUCUGCCUCAGAUCCAGUGUUUAUCUUCAAUUCCGAAGAGGGCCACCCCCCUGCAUCAAAUCCCGCCCAGAGUGACAUGCCUGGCCUCUUGAACAACACAGGCAACUUCUGA